UCGAAUGUUUUGUUUUGUCUCAUCUCUAGACGGUUAAAGGCUUUUUCACGUCCGUAAAGAUCGAUCGCAAUGGAUGCCGGAACAGACAACCAGUUGGCGGAAACAACUUCCGAUGGCAAUAAAGAAAAACUCGAACUACCGGAGGAUGAAACCGUUCAAGUGGAAAGCAAGAAACAAUCUCGCUUGAAAGUAGCUACCGUUUGUAUUCUUUGUUUUUUCAAUCUCACCUACUACAUGGAUCGAUUCGGCAUCGCCGGUAUCCUGACAGCAAUCCAGUGCGAUCUAGGAGCUACUGACUCACAAGCUGGCCUCUUACAAACAGCGUUUAUCAUUCCAUACGUCAUUUUUUCUCCUGUGGUUGGUUACCUAGGAGACCGAUACUCACGAAGGUUAAUUUUGUUACUUGGAAUCUUUUUCUGGUCUUGCGCCACAUUGACGGCUAGUUUUAUGCCAGAACUGUGGUCGUUUAUCGUUGUCAGAUCAUUGACUGGCGUCGGGGAAGCCUGUUUUAGCUCUUUGGCCCCGGCAAUUAUUAGCGAUCUCUACGCAAGUAACGUCCGCUCGAAAUACCUUGCUGUCUAUUACUUCGCUAUUCCAGUAGGAAGUGGAUUGGGCUAUAUUAUUUUUGCUGAAGUAGCCACCGCAGCCGACGAUUGGCGAUGGGGUUUGCGAGUGACGCCCGUUUUCGGGUUCAUAACCGUUGUGUUGAUCCUGCUGUUCCUCCAGGAUCCACCCCGCGGCCAGAGCGAGGGUAGUAGGAUGAAAACCACGUCAUGGAUGAAUGACCUAAAAUAUUUCGCCACACAUGGAAGUUACAUCUGGAUCAGCAUCGCCUCGACAGCUGUGGCUUUCAUUGCUGGGGCGUUCGGAGCAUGGGGACCUAAGUACAUCACGUUAGGACUGGUGACGCAACAGGAGCAACAGUCGGAAGACAUCAGUGAUCUCCUCGGCAGAGUGUCAUUGGUCUUUGGGUUCAUAACGGUCGUGACUGGCCUAAUGGGCGUGAUUUUCGGCUCUUUAAUGGGAACGAAACUACGCGGCAAAUAUCCGACGAUCGACCCGGAAAUUUGUGGUUUUGGAGUUCUGGCUAGCGUACCACUAAUUUUCGCCAUGACAAUCUUAGCCCGCGGUCCUGAAGCUCCCACUUACAUUACCUUCUUCUUCGGCCAGUGGUUUCUCAACUUGAAUUGGGCCCUUGCCACAGACAUGCUUAUGUACACUAUUGUUCCUACGAGAAGAUCAUCUGCUAAAGCCAUCCAGAUUCUGUUGAAUCACGUCCUUGGUGAUGCUGGGAGCCCAUACAUUAUUGGAUUGUUAUCGGACGCGUUUAAACCCCUUGUGGACUCGGGCUACAGUACCAAGUACCUUGCGUCUCCCUCCUCAUUUGUACGCAAUGGAACGCUUCCAAUUGAAGAGCAAGAUUGUGACUUGUCACCCAUUGAUGUCACGACAGCCGAGCGGGACUUCACGGCCCUUCAAUACGCCUUGUUUAUUGCGUUAUUCAUUCAGGUCCUCGGUGCAUUUGCGUUCAUCGCCACUUCGUGGACGAUCAUCGAUGACAAAGCGGAAGUCGAUCGAGCUGCAGCCGUAAAUCAAAUUAAAAAUGCAAAUUCCAUUCAGUCUGACUCAGUAAGCGAUUCAAUGAAACCAACAGUACUCCCUCCUGCCAUUGUUAUUAGCGAAUACUUGUAACCAUUUCAUUUUGCUCACCGUCAUUAAGCAAAAUUCUUAAAUAAAUAAUAACUAUGCAGUGAAUCCAAGAAAUGAACUUA